CGCAGAAAAAAAGUUGAAAUUUGUAGACCAGUGUAAUUAUUAAAUAAUUUGAAUUACACACUAGUGACAAUUAUUUCCGUAAAAAUAAAAUCUUAUUACAUACAUAUUUACAGACCAAGACCUUAAAUUUGACACCUCAAAUCGAACAGAUUAUACAAAAUUAAUUUAGCACUCAAAAAAUCAACUCUUCAAUUAAAAUUCUCCAUUGCACAGACAGCAAAUAAGAAAGCGCGCCAAUGCCUAACGGCUUCCAUCGCGCGCAGCUAUUCAUUCCAACAUAACUGCACUAACCCACAUUUAAUUUGUAUCGUCUCAUUGUUAGUGAGCAGUGUAUUGCAAAUGUGCUAAACUAAAAAAAUUUUUAAUUUAAAAUACAUAAAUAGUUUUUCGCUUUUUUUUCCAAAAUGAUGGAAGAUUGUCAAACGCCCACGCUGGCCGAAGUGAUGGAGUUCAAGUACGAGGUCACACCCACCAUGGUUUUCGAUUCGAGUUGCCUACAGGAGGCACACAAUCUAAUUGUGAAUCGCAUCAGCGUUCGUUGCUUUACGCCGACAAUACAAAAUUUCCAAUCGCCUGGCCUGUCACCAAUCACCGAAUGCACGCAGACGCUGGUUGGCGGUGUCGCUGUGGAAGGCACACCGAUAUCCAUGCCGAUGAUGUCCAAUGCUAACAACGAAAUCUUCAAAGCACCCAAGAACCCCAAAGGUACACAUCAAAAAUCGGCGCUGCCGCUGCAACAACAACAACAGCAGCAGCAGCAACAACAACCAUGCCAGAAGAACUUCUCCAGUUCACAUUUUGUAAGCGACUCACCGCCAAUCUUCACUUUAAAUUCUACCACAAUUUCGGAUACAGAUUUCAGCACUGAAAUCGCAAGUCCCGAUAGCGCAGCAAUACUUGGGAGCUAUGGCAACAACAACAAUAACAACAACAGUGGCAGUAACAGCAAUAAUAGCAGCAGUGAUUCGGAUAAAUUGAAUAGCAGCAACAAUGCUACAUUCACGAACAACAACAACAACGGCACUAAUGCUUCAAAAAAUCUUAGCAACACGAAUUUGCUCGAUCGCACCAUGAACGUGUCGACUCUGUUGCGCAGCGUCGGCCUGGAGCAGUACGUGGAGGCGUUUGAGGAGCAAAAUUUGGAUUUGGAGCAGUUCUUGAAUAUACGCACUGAGGACUUUCAGCGCUUGGGCGUGACCAAAGCGAAGCAUCAGCAAAAACUUUUAGAUUUGCUAAGCGAAUUAAAUGGCGCAGAAAUUUAGUUUUCGUUUUGUCUUUGUUUGUUGUUUUUAUUCAAAUGUGUAUUUUUUAAAGAUUAAAUUGAUUUAAACUGAUAUUUUUUUAAGUCCGUUUUUCUUGGUGUUUAUAUUUGCGGAGUUCUUUAUAUAAAAUAUAUUAGAGUGCCCCACAUAUAAAGGUCGGGGGUUUCUAACCGGCAGUAUGAAGUUUAUUAGAUUUCAAGAUUUACAACAGUAGGUCUUAAAAUAUAAUAGAUUUUAAAUUAUACAAAGCACUCAAUAUACUCAAGAAACUGUGGGCCAAAUAUAGUAAAACUUCGUUUUAGGUUUUUCUCUCUGACGCCAGGAUUUUUGUCAAGGACUUUGUAGCCUCAAAAAUAUAAUUUAUUCCAAAAAAUAUUUAAUAAAUGUUGAAUAACAAUAUGGGUACCAAGUGAAAGAGAAAAUUCUGUAGAAUUUAAAAAAUUUGAAUUUUUGGAUCACAAGGCCGACUAGGUAUUAAAAAUGCCUUUAUAAUUAAUUUUUCUUUUUUAAGCUAAUAAAGUAAGAAGGACGACUCGAAUUCUAGGAUGCAAUCGAGUGUAUAUUAGUCCUUAACAUAUAAUUUUUUCAAAAAUAAUGAUUCCAAAAUUUCCAGGAUAUUCAAGAAUAAAAUUUUUAUAAGACAUUUGGAAUACCUAAUCAGCCUUAUACAUUAAGAAAUUAAGAAAUUUACGACAUACAACAAUACGACACUUACAAUACCGUUGUGAAUCCCUCAUAUAUUUAAUACUUAUUCAGCUCCGCCCGAACUUAGACUUUUUUACUUGUUGUGUAUAAAAUGUACUGUCGCACGGUUUUAUGAUGGCAAAAUAGUACCGAUUUUUUUUUUUUUUUGUAUUAAAAGGUUUUAUUUCUAAACUAUAUG